GAAUCCCAAUGCACACGCACCGUUCAAACUCCGAUGGAAUCACGUUAGAGUCACGUGCGCCGAGUUACCUGCGAUAAAGAAAAUUGUCCGUUUUUUUUUUUUUCUUCCAAACGAACAAACGAGAAAAGAAGAAAAAAAUUAAAAUAGAAAAGAGCGAAAAAAAAAAGAAUAGGAACGAACGAGAAACGGAAUAGAAAAGCGAAAACACUUUUUUCGAAACACACGUGCGAAUUUGCAUACGUCAUAGAGAUAAAGCACGACGAAUCGUUGUUGAAUUGAUAAAGUACGCAUUUUUUGAUGAGGUAGUUUUUCGCGUGACGGUUUUUUUUCCUUUUUUUUUGUUCACAAAGUUUGUUUUUUUUCUCUCAAUUCGGAACUCGGAAUUCAACGACUGGAUUACAUAUCUUCGUCGCAUGAUCUGAACUGAAAUGAUCGUUACAGAGAUCUCAGAACCUCGACAUCUUAACCGAUGACUGGAACAAAAUGGUGGACAGAAAGAAGGGACUGAUCGUGAUAUUGAUAACGCUGCUGAUCUACCCUAAAAAUAACUUCGGAGGAGCUUUUCAGCCGGAAUUUUUGGCACCCAUAACAAAUGUUACCGUAUCGGUUGGCAGGGAUGCAACAUUCACAUGUCACGUUGGUUACCUGGGAGGAUACAGGGUCGGUUGGGUGAAAGCGGAUACCAAAGCGAUCCAAGCGAUUCACGAUCACGUGAUAACGCAUAAUCCUCGCAUAUCCGUAUCGCACGGUGAUCAUUCAACUUGGAGCCUCCACAUAAAGGGUGUGCAGAUAGAGGACGGGGGUCUCUACAUGUGUCAAGUCAAUACGGAUCCGAUGAAAAGCCAGACAGGUCUCCUCAACGUAGUCGUACCCCCGGAUUUCGUACAAGAGGAAACAUCGGGGGAUGUGAUGGUCGGUGAAGGCGGUCAGGUAAAGCUGACUUGUAGAGCCCGAGGGACGCCACCCCCGCGAGUAAUAUGGCGCAGGGAGGAUGGACGAGAUAUAAUCCUUCGAGAACCUUCUGUCGGUAGUACACCGGUUCAAAAGACGCGGAAUAUACCGGUGGCGCAUUUCGAAGGUGAAAUUUUAAAACUAGCCAAAGUUUCGCGGGCCGAAAUGGGCGCGUAUUUGUGCAUAGCCAGCAACGGCGUACCUCCCACCGUCAGUAAAAGGGUCAUCAUCAACGUUCACUUCCCGCCAGUGAUACACGUGCCGAAUCAACUGGUUGGUGCUCCUCUAGGGACCGACGUUGUCCUCGAAUGUUUCGUGGAAGCGUCUCCGAAAUCCAUAAAUUACUGGAUAAAGGAUAACGGUGCUAUGAUCAUCAAAAGCACCCGUCACGACGUUCAGAUUAUAGCGAAGUCAGCUUUUGAAAUUCGAAUGAGUUUGACAGUUCGAAACUUUCAUCACCAGGACGUCGGUUCUUACAGAUGCGUGGCUAAAAAUUCACUCGGCGAAGUGGAAAGCAGCAUACGACUUUACGAAAUUCCCGGUCCGACAAAAACUCAGACGGCAUCGUGGCCAGGUGGUUUCUACGACGAGGAUGAAGAAUUGGACGUCUACGGCUCGGAGGAAUUCGACAAAUCGGAUAUCGUUAAACAAAACAUGCCCAUCGACAAUACGGUCUACGGUCAAGCCGCCGCUCAUCCAACCGUUUACUGGACCUCGACACCCUCGAUAAAAUUAAUGAAGAAACGACCAUCUUUUACAAUGGGUGCCUCGUCGACGAGAAAUCGCGAAACUCUACACGUUUUCAUUAUAUCGGCUACGCUCUUGGCACAUUUAUCAACGUUCGACUGGCAUUAGAAGUAAAUGAAACCAAAAAAAAAACAAAUUGAUCUGUAAAAAAAAUUGAUAUGUUAAUUAAUAAUACGUAUACAUAUAUACAUAUAGAUAUACACACACAUAUAUAAAUAGUUAAUUUAAAUAUGAAUAACGUAAAAUAUACGAUAAUUAUAAAAAAAAACAAAAAAAAACAAUAAUAACGUUAAUAUUAAUGAAUAACUGAAGACCGUCUUCCCAGACUUGUUUUUAUCGAAUGACAAUUAAAAGGAGAUGAGAGGGAAAGGAGAAAAGAGGAGAUAAAUAAAAAUUGAAGAAAAAAUGAGA